UUCAUUGAAAUUUUGGUUUUUAUAUACUAUUUUAAUAAUAAUUUUAAUUUACAAUUUAAAAUAUUGUUUAUUAUUAAUGACUAACAAUGUAUCCUAAUAAUAUUUUCAAUUAUUUUACUUAUUUAACAUUUUUAUUUUUUAACCACAUUCCCGUGUGGACUACACAUUCGAGUAGUUUUUUUUUUUUCUGGGAAACGUAUGAGAACGUAAACAUAAACUAACCUUGUUCAUAGUGUAAGGCUUGAAAAAGUUGUAAAGAUCAACAAAUAAAAAUGUCAAAAAGGAAACAGGAAGAAGAGUUCUAUGGAACACAACAGAAAAAGGUUCAAAACAGUAGGUUUCAAGUUAAAAAACACACCCUUGAUUCAGAUGAAGAAGAUGAUGUGGAUGAAGACAAUGUUCUUGAUGUUGAUGAUAUUGAAGGCGAGGAAGAUGGUGUUGAUAGACAGGAUGAUGGUCAAAGGAUGACAGCGUUCAACAUGAAAGAGGAAAUGGAAGAGGGUCAUUUUGAUAAACAGGGACAUUUCAUUUGGUCUAACGAAAAGGAAAUCAAAGACAAUUGGCUGGAUAAUAUUGAUUGGCAACAAAUUAAAUCCAAUGCAAGUUUUAAGGAUAAAUAUAAUAUUGAUAAUAAGGGCUUGGGUGAUGAUUCAGAGUCAGAUAGUGAACCAGAGCCUGAUUUUGAUGAAUUUGGAACAUACAAAAAGAUAAUUGGGUAUAUGAAACCAAAAGAGACAAUAAAUAAAGCUAUUAAACGUUUAAGUGGAGAUCUCAUGAAAUUGUCAUCAUUGGAGAGAUUGAAACGAAAAAAGGCUGGCACGUUGAAUAGCAAUGAAGAUGUGACAAAUCUUACAGAAUUAGCUAAUAGUGUCCUAUCAAAACUUGGUAAUAUGGAUGUGUAUCAAGAAACUUUUGAACAAAUACAAGCAAAGAUUAACAUGCAUGAAAGAAAAGGAAAAGCCAAAGAGCCUGAACUAGAUAUGUAUGCUGAUGAUUUUGAUACAAAAGAACAAGAAAAAAUGGCUGCAGGUCCUUCUAAUGUUGAAAGCAGUUCUAGUAUGGAUACUGAAGUAAAUCCACCACAAGAGCUGAGGUGGGAAUUUAAAUGGAAGGCAGAGGAUGAUGAUAAAGAUAUACAGGGUCCAUAUACCACAGCUCAAAUGGUAAAAUGGGCCAAAGAAAAUCACUUUAAAACAGGUGUUUUGGUCAGAAAGUGUGGAGAAAGCUCAAAUUUUUACUCAUCUAAUAGAAUAGACUUUGAAUUGUAUGAAUAAUUUUGUAUAUGUAUGUAAUGUGUAAAAUUAUUGGAAUAAACGUAAUUCUUUGAAUACGUAUAAAGUAAAA